AUGCUGUUGAGACCAACUCGAAUUCAUGCCAGGCGCAUAGCCAGAGCAGCUAAUGGCCCUCAACUACGAUAUCGAUUCUCGUCGGCCACAGCAGCUGUACGCUGCCGGCCGUAUCUCACACCGCGGGCGUUCGCCCCAAUCCCAAUUACUGCAGCUCGCACAUAUGCCAAUGGACGGCCACACCCCCCGGGUGGCACCCAUCGAAUGGAUUUAGGUGGAGGGGAGCAGAAGUCUGCCCUCGAGGAAUUUGGAAUUGACUUGACUGCUCGAGCCAAGGAUGGAAAGCUUGACCCAGUUAUAGGGAGGGAUCCAGAGAUUCACCGGACGAUACAAGUUCUUUCCCGCCGUACGAAAAACAACCCUGUGCUUAUUGGGAGCGCUGGCACUGGGAAAACUGCAAUUCUCGAAGGGCUCGCCCAACGGAUCGUCAAAGGAGAGGUACCGGAGAGUGUCAAGAACAAAAGGGUUAUCGCACUUGAUUUGGGGUCCUUGAUAGCCGGAGCGAAGUUCCGCGGAGACUUUGAGGAACGGCUGAAGGGCGUGUUGAAGGAAGUGCAGGACGCCCAAGGCGGAGUUAUACUUUUCAUAGACGAAUUGCACACGCUGCUGGGAUUGGGAAAGGCCGAGGGUAGUAUCGAUGCUAGCAAUCUCCUUAAACCAGCACUUUCAAGAGGAGAGUUGCAAUGCUGCGGCGCUACGACGUUAAACGAAUACCGACUAAUUGAGAAGGAUGUUGCCCUCGCAAGACGAUUUCAACCUAUCCAGGUCAACGAGCCCUCAGUUCAGGAUACCAUCAGCAUAUUGAGAGGCAUCAAAGAGAGAUAUGAGGUACAUCAUGGUGUAAGAAUUACGGAUGGAGCCGUUGUUGCUGCUGCAACUUACAGCAACCGCUACAUCACGGAUCGCUUCUUACCUGACAAGGCCAUUGAUUUGAUGGACGAGGCCGCGAGUGGCCUGAGACUACAGCAAGAAAGCAAGCCCGAGGAUAUUUUGGCGCUCGACCAAAGAAUCAUGACUAUACAAAUCGAGCUUGAGAGCUUACGCAAGGAGACCGAUAUUGCAAGCAAGGAGCGACGCGAGAAGCUUCAAUCUGAUCUAAAGGGAUAUCAAGAAGAAGCUGAGAAGCUGACAGACAAAUGGGAGAAGGAGAGGGCCGCUAUCGACGAUGUCAAGAAAACGAAAGAGGAUCUGGAGAAGGCUCGAAUUGAGCUUGAUCAAGCACAGCGUGAGAAUAGCUUUGCUCGGGCCGGAGAGCUGCGAUACUAUGUCAUCCCACAAUUGGAAGCCAAACUUCCUAAGGAGGGGGAAAAUCCUACCCAGGUCCAUAGCGAUGGCACUCUGGUUCACGAUGCUGUCACCGCAGAUGAUAUCGCGACCGUCGUGUCUCGGAUGACGGGAAUCCCUGUCACAAAACUCACAUCAGGGCAUGCUGAAAAACUGAUCCACAUGGAGGAUACACUCCGUCAAUCGGUCCGGGGCCAAGACGAGGCUCUCAAAGCUGUUGCAAAUGCCGUCAGGCUGCAACGUGCUGGGUUAAACGGAGAGAAUAGACCUCUUGCAUCCUUCUUCUUCCUAGGACCGACUGGCGUUGGGAAGACGGAGCUGUGCAAGAAGAUGGCCAAUUUCUUGUUCGCAAGCGAGUCGGCCGUUGUCCGAUUUGACAUGAGCGAGUUCCAGGAAAAGCACACGAUUUCUCGAUUGAUUGGUAGCCCAGCGGGCUACGUUGGAUAUGACGAUGCGGGCCAACUCACCGAAGCCGUCCGAAGGAAACCUUAUGCUGUUCUAUUGUUUGACGAAUUCGAGAAAGCACACCGUGAUAUAUCGGCGCUCCUUCUGCAGGUCCUCGACGAAGGUUUCCUGACCGAUGCUCAAGGGCAUAAAAUCGACUUCCGGAACACGUUGAUCGUCUUCACAUCUAAUCUUGGCGCCGAUAUCCUUAUUGGCGCCAACCCCAUGCAUCCUCAAGGAGGUGAACUACAGUUAGGGGAGAUCCCACAAGAAGUGCGCAGUGCUGUCAUGGAUGUAGUCCACAGCAAUUAUGCCCCAGAAUUUCUCAACCGCAUCGACGAAUUCAUCAUGUUCAAGCGCCUCUCCACAGAAGCUCUGCGCGAUAUCGUUGAUAUCCGCUUAAUCGAAUUACAGCAACGCCUCGAUGAUCGACGAAUAGUGAUCCAGGUUGAUGAAGAGGUUCGAGGAUGGCUAGCAGAGCGUGGAUACGAUCCCAGAUUCGGAGCCAGACCUCUUAACCGCCUUAUUUCGAGGGAGAUUGGCAAUGGACUGGCUGAUAAGAUUAUUCGAGGUGAGGUGAAGACUGGUGAUACUGCGAUUGUGAAGAUCAACAAGGAUGGAGAUGGGCUUGUUGUCGGGACUGAAGAAUCCCAUAAUAUUGUUUAA